CCAUAUUUUGUAAAAAUUGCGUUGCAACUGUGUUAUUUUAAUCCUUUGUGAGUGACAUUUUCCACUAAUUCUUAAAGAAUCGUUUCGUUCAAGCAAUUGGACAUAUUAUUACCAUUACAAUGUCUCAAGAAGAAACAAGCGAAGAUGAGACAGGAUUACAGACACCAUCGUUCCUUCGGAAAGGCUCUCGAUGUAGCCGUACACCUGGAACUCCAUCAUCAAUUUCGAGUUCGAUAAUUCUCGGUCAAAUCCCAGAAGAGGUACUCCGUGUUUGGUGUCAAUUGCCAGAAGCAAUACGUUUAGACCCUAGUCUGGCUGUUUUUCAGCGGGAAUAUGAUCGAGUUAUUCAAACUGCGGAAGGAAGAUCUUCGGAUGGAGUAAAGAAAGACUGUUUGGUAGUAAAUAUGUCUCUUGGGACACAGUCUGCAUUGCUACAGAGAAAGCAAAAUAAAAAGAAUGAUGAAGAUAAACAAGAUACAAGUAUUAUACAAGAGAUCCAGGAAAUAAAACAAAGGCCUGUUUAUCGUUACAUUAAAUUAAUUUUAUUAUGUUGCUUCUGGCUAAUAUUUACUCUAAUACUGAUGAUCAAGAGCGAGAAAAUUGAAGAAUUACAUCAAAUUUCAAUACCUAGCGGACAAAUAAAAAAUUACAAAAUGUUUGGUGACGUUUCUAACAAACACGUCAAUCUAGUGGUAGAAGGAUCAUUACUUCCACCAAUAAAACCAAUAAAAUACGAAAAUGUAUCUGAUAAAUAUUUAAUGAUAUGGUUAGAAUUAUUAGCUAACGAGACUGAUAACAGUAAUCAAUUUUUAUUUGGAUCUGAACAAAUUAAGAAUAUAACUAAUAUAUGGGUUUUACCAAUACUUCCGGAAAAUCUGAUAGAUAUUUUUCCUGGACAGAGGCAUCAAAACAGUUUUAAUUUAAAUAAUGUCACUAAAGAUACUUUAGAAAACGCCAACAUAGUAAUUAAGUUAAAAACAAAUCUCGAAUCCAGUUUUGCUAUAUCUAUUAGUUAUGAUAUAUCAUCAAUAAACAAAGAUGAUGGCAUAAUGUAUGCUGCGAUAAUUUUAUUGGGAUUAUAUAUACUUAUAAUAUUCGAGGUUGUACAUAGGACUUUAGCAGCUAUGUUAGCCUCAACUAUGUCUAUCGCAAUAUUAGCAUUUUUAAAUGAGAGACCAACUAUGGAUGAAUUAAUGUCUUGGAUAGAUGUUGAUACGUUGCUAUUAUUAUUCUCAAUGAUGAUACUUGUCGGUAUAAUCGCUGAAACUGGUAUAUUUGACUGGCUAGCAGUCUAUGCUUAUAAGAUAACUGCAGGAAAGUUAUGGCCACUCAUAGGUACACUAUGUUUCUUUACAACAUUUAUUUCAUCAUUCCUAGAUAAUGUUACAACAGUACUGUUAAUGACACCAGUAACUAUCAGAUUAUGCGAAGUAAUGGAAAUAAAUCCGGUACCAAUAUUGACUGCGAUGGUGAUUUAUUCUAAUAUCGGGGGAGCUCUGACGCCAGUAGGCGAUCCACCCAAUGUAAUUAUUGCAUCGAAUCACGAUGUUAUUAAUAAUGGUAUCGAUUUUGGUACAUUCACAAUACAUAUGAGCAUUGGUGUUGUACUGGUAAUAUUUAUAGUCUUCGCUCAGUUGAAAUUUAUCUUUCGAGACAUAAAAGUUCUUAAGUUCGCCGAACCACCAGAUGUACAGGAAUUAAGGCAUGAAAUUGCCAUUUGGCAAAGAGCUGCGGCAAGUUUGUCGAGUUAUAGCAAAGAUGAAAAUGUAGUCAGAGAAACUUUGCUAAAAAAAGUUCAACGAUUACUCUCUCUAUUAAAAAAGAAGCUAAUAACAGGCAGUGGCACGUUGGAAAGUUAUAAAACUACGCUCGAUGAACUUCAAGAAAAAUAUCCUAUUCGAGACAAAUGGUUAUUAGUGAAGUCCGGAUUCACGUUAAUCUUUGUGAUCGCGCUAUUCUUUUUGCAUAGUUUCCCAAAUCUGCAUUUAUCAUUAGGUUGGACAGCUUUGUUAGGUGUUCUUUUAUUAUUAAUUUUAGCUGAUAGUGAGGAUUUAGAUGGUCUCAUGGCGCGUGUAGAGUGGAGCACUUUAUUAUUUUUCGCUUCGUUGUUUAUUCUUAUGGAGGCUUUAUCACGUUUGGGUUUAAUCGCUUGGAUAGGAAAACAGACGGAAAAAAUAAUCCUGUCUGUGAACGAGGAGUCGCGAUUAGCAGUAGCGAUAUUACUGCUUUUAUGGGUGUCGGCAUUCGCAAGUGCAUUUGUGGAUAAUGUGCCUUUGUCAACCAUGAUGAUAAGAAUCGUUACUGCUUUAGCACAAAAUAAUGAACUGAAAUUACCAUUGCAGCCUUUGGUAUGGGCUUUAGCUUUCGGCGCUUGUAUGGGAGGAAAUGGAACUUUGAUUGGAGCUACUGCUAACGUAGUUUGCGUAGGAGUUGCGGAGCAACAUGGAUAUAAAAUUUCUUUUAUACAAUUUUUCAAGGUGGGGUUUCCAAUUAUGCUGACAAGUGCUGUGACAAUAACCAUGUACUUAAUGAUCGCUCACGUUAUUUUCGAUUGGAACGGAUAAUGUAAUUAUUACGAUCUGUGCUUAAUAUUCUUAUUCGUGAAAAAUAUCUAAAUCAUUCAAAUUAAAUUUGUCUAGUUUCGCAAAUUUGAUAAGCGCUGCUACAAGUGCAAUAAUGUAACACUGUAUACAUUUUC